AUGGAGGAUCUCGAGCUGGCUGUGCAAGUGACGAUGAGUGCGAUGUUGUCAAAACUCAGGAUCCGAGUGGGACAACGAGCAGUUCUCGACAUUGCUGUCCCGUUGAAUCGCUUUGCCACGGAAGCAGCGACGCAUGCAGAAUUCCUUGGGCGCUCGAAAAGGCUGAUUAACGACCUGUACUUGAUUCUUGACAGACUGAGAGCGGACAAAGAAAUUCCAUCCGAGAGCUUGGAUGCUCGGCUUCUGCCGAUCACGGAACCGUUGCUCGAGUAUACGGGUGCGAGAAUCGCGGGAGACCAGAUCGACAAGCAUAUUGUCCCAUUUUCUGUGCCGGAUUUGAUUUCCCUUGCACUCAGCCAGCGGCCAUGGAAGCGUCUGUUCUAUGUCGACAGCCCCCAGGGAGAUGGAAUCUUUUUGAAAUUCCGACGCGUAGCCUCCCGAAGCAUGUCUCGCGAACUUCUCGACUACGCCGAAAGACUCCCGGGAGGCAUUCAAAUGCUCGUGAAGCACAGGUUCACCACGUCAGAGGCAAUUCAUCUCGACACGAUGUCCAUCGACCAUGUCAUCAUCGGCAUGUCCGAUGGUCCACUUCAUGUCUCGGACAAACUUAAACUCACGGUGGCUUUGUUGGCACUCCCACCUGCAAACACGACGACUGAUCCAUUGCGAGCAAGUGCUAGGAGUCGUUCCGUCACCGUCGUAUUCUGUGGAGGGCACACCCGCUUUCGAGCCCAAACCGUGUCCUUCCUUUCCGCCAUAAUGGGACUCCCGCAUGUCGAUGCCGCAAACGAUAUUGCAGACGGUGCAGAUGUCCUAAUCUGGGAACGGGUCGUUGGAGACGGGACACGCGUCGAAGUUAUAACCAUGGAAGCAAUCCGGCUGGAUGGCAACUCCGCUGCUACGUUGGCACUCAUGUCGCCAGACACGGUCUGGCUCACGAAAGCGUUGCGAAAAAGUUACGCAAACCGGCAACAGCAUGCUAUUGUAUUCAAAGAUUUUGAUUGCAUUUGGCCCACCAUCGGCGAGCCAUGGCGUAGCCAGCAAUGGCCACCCAAGCCUCAUGGUACACCUACUUACACGGAGUGA